AUGAGCUCGCAGCGUUACCAGCGGGUGAACGCCCAUGACGACGAGGAAGCGCCACAGUCCCAAUCGUCGAUCCCUCUCCGAAACACUUCAACGCCCUCUUCUCCGCCGCCUUCAUUCCGCUCUCGCUCCUCCUCUCCCUCAACGAGGCGGCUUCUCCGAGACGAUCCCCAUGAUAACGGUGCCGACGAGACCCUCGCUGCUGCCUUCGGCGAUGGCAGCGACUCCGAAGCAGAUGACGAACCAGAUGACCGCCAACGACUCAUGCGGGCCCAGCCCGAAUCCCAACCGGUCGAAGAUAGCAAUACCACCACAGCGAGUGCCUCCUCAUCGGGCGCAGGCAGCGGAUCACAAUCGUCGAGGGAGCAGCGCACUCCCCCAUUGCAACGGCGACCGACGAUCUUACCGUCGUUUAAUGGCUCCAGCUCGGGCCCGGGUCGCAUGAUCAGCUCCUCCAACGAUGGGGUUUUCGCAAAUCUGGCGGCUAAGCCUGAGCGAGGGGAGAAGAAUGAAGAUAUGCCUCCGGUACGUUAG